AUGCUCUAUGAUAAAAUUGGCAAUCGAAUUUAUAAGCACAGAGGAGUAAUAAAAGAUGUAGCAACUAGAUUCCAUAAAAGUUAUGCUUUAACUAAUAAGUCAUCAAUAUCAUUAGCUAAAAUGUUUACAAAAAUUUAUGGUGAUCCGAAUUGCCUCCUUACCUGGCCUAAAGUUUUAAUUGUGGAUAAAGGUACUGAAUACUUAGGUGAGUGCAAAGAUUUAUUACUUAGCCAUGGUGUAAAAAUUCAGUAUGCUGUAACUAAGGAAGGUGUUGCUAUCACUGAGCAUGAUCAUCAAGAAUUUGAAAAACAUGCUUUUUAUAGACAAGAUGCUGUAGAUUUUUGUUUACCAUUAACUGAGAGAUGUAGAGCUUGGGUUAAAGGCCUUCGCAUAAAUGAUGAUACUUUUAAUAAUAAUGUUACUAGAUUAAUACAUAUGACUCCUAAUGAGGGUGUAAAAAGAGCAUUAAAAGAUUUUGUUCGAUAUUUACUUAAACCUGGUGAAUUAGAAUAUGGUCCACCUAAAAGACGGAUUACAGAUAAAAAUUGGUCUCCUCAGGUUUAUCGGAUUGAAAGUACUUUAAUUCGUGAAG